AGAUUUCCCUAAAAGCUGAUGCCGUUUUUGCUUGAUCCUUUCUCCUGUGCAACAGCGUCGGCGAUCUUGCCCUCGCAUGCGGCUUCCAUCCUCGCUCACUUCCCGGUGGAGCUCCGUUGCGCCCUUAAACACGAGCUGUAGCGGAGCACCGGUUGCCCCUAACCUCGAAAGGAAGCAGGGCUCGCUCCAUCCCUAGCCGCAGCCAGCAAACACAGCGUCGCCGGCUUCUCACGCAGUCGCCACGAGGCCGUCCCCCAGCGAUCCGAUUCGUGCCACAUCCUCUCCCCGGGCUAGACUCGGCCAUCAAGCAAGCGUUCGUUGCCCUUCCUCAAAUUGCCCUUCGGUAAGGGAGCAAAGGUGACACCUAGGGUAGAAAGGGUGCCCCGACGAAGAGAAUCUUUGGAUACCCAACUCUCGUGGACGUGAUCCUGCACCUUCAUGGACAGUAUGGAUCUUGAGGCUAAUAAGAGGAGGAAGAUCAACAAUGAGGAUUGCAACAGUUUCAAUUCUAACCCAACUACUCCCAACUAUGGAAAGGUUGGGAAUUCUAACCAUUUUGACUAUUCAAAAGAUUUCAGUUUUACCAACCUUCUGGAAAGGAUGGAUGGAGACAAGUAUGGGAGCGUAACUAAAGAAUUUGAAGCCAUGCAUGCUCAUCGUAUCCAAAUGAUGAAUGCACUAUCCUCAUUGCGUCCAAGUCCUAAGCCCACCAGAACUCCUCAGGGCAGCACAAAUGUUUACCCAGAUAAUCAUACUGUAAUUGAUCUGGAUGAUGACACCAUUUCAGACGCAGUUAACCCCUUGGAUUCUCUUCCACCUAAUGGUCAGCCGAAAGAGAACAAGGCAAUUGUAAUUUUAGAUUCAGAUGAUGAAGAUGCCAGUCCUGCAGUUGGAAAUAAACAAUCUCUUCGGCCUGCUGAUAACAUAUCGUUGUUAAGUGCAUCCUUGGCAAGUGAAAUAGAGAAGCAUAUACUAAAAGCUAGCAAAUUAGCACAAGAGGCUAGCUCAUAUCAAUUAGUCCAGUAUGACCAAGGAUCUCACAGGCCUUAUAUUACUGCUGCUUUUAAGCCAAUCAAACAACCCUCUAUUCAAUUCGAAAAGGUGGUUCUACAGACAGUUGAUGAAAAUCAACGGCUGCAAAAUGUUGUUGAUGAAACAAGUGUAAAGAUAAACAAUGAAAAACAAGAUCUAAUCAAAUCAAAAAAGGGAAUUGACAGGAAAUGUUCAUCCAAAAGAAAGAAAAGAAGUGAGAUACAAGAUGCUGAUGCUUCUAAUAGUAUAAAGAGUAUUGUUCCAUAUGCUGAACUGAAACAACACAAUGAUGAUUCUGAAUAUGUUUCUGCCGAGACUCUGCAAGAGAAGAUACACAACAGGAGCUUCAAUGAAGAUGAAAAAGUAUUGUCAGAAAGUGAUGGCUUGGAAGAUCUCUGGAAAGAUAUGUCAUUAGCAAUGGAGUUUACGAAGGAUGAUGCUUCUGACGAUCAAGUUGUGCUAGAAGAAGUAGAAGAAGAAGAAGAAUGUGGCCAUUCCUACUUGCUCCAAGAUGACUUUGGCCUUGUUUGCCGUAUUUGUGGAGUAAUACAGAAAAGCAUAGAUACUAUAUUUGACUACCAAUGGACAAAGGGUUCACAUUCAAUUCGGACAUACUUGUCUGGACAAAAGAACUCCAAGGGUCUAGAUGAAGAAAUUCAGUUCUCUGGAAUCAAAGUGUCAGAAGAUGAGUUCAUUGAUGCUGAAGUAUCUAUCCAUCCCAGGCAUCUGAAGCAAAUGAAGCCACAUCAACUGGAAGGCUUCAAUUUCUUGGUUAAGAACUUGAUUACAGAUAAACCAGGAGGAUGUAUUCUAGCUCAUGCACCUGGUUCUGGGAAAACCUUUAUGCUUAUAAGCUUCAUCCAGAGUUUUUUAGCCAAGUACCCUUCCAAAAAGCCCAUGGUUGUUUUGCCCAAAGGAAUUUUGCCCAUUUGGAAAAAGGAGCUACAACUGUGGCAGGUUGAAGAUUUGCCUGUCAUUGAUUUAUACUCCAGUAAGGCUGAGAAUAGGUCGCAGCAGUUGGGAGUUCUAAAAGUUUGGCAAGAGACAAAUAAAAGUAUUCUCUUUUUAGGCUAUAAACAGUUCACUAACAUUGUUUCUGAUAAAGAAAACAGCAAAGCAUCUGCUGCAUGUCGGGAAAUACUUUUGAAAGUCCCUGGCCUUCUGAUAUUAGAUGAAGGCCACACUCCAAGAAAUGAAGAGACUUACAUGCUAGAUUCACUUGCGAAGGUGCAGACCCCCCGAAAAGUAGUACUUUCAGGAACUUUAUUCCAGAAUCAUGUCAGGGAGGUCUUCAACAUUUUGAAUCUGGUGCGCCCUAAAUUUCUGAAAAUGGAGCAUUCUCGAGCCAUUGUCAAGCGGGUUCUAAGCAGAGUGCACAUAUCAAGUGGCAGGAAGCUCUCUAAAAUGGAUAAUGCUUUCUGUGAACUGGUUGAGGAGACACUGCAGAAUGAUGACAAUUUUAAAAGAAAAGUGACUGUGAUACAAGACCUUCGUGAGUUAACCAAGCAUGUCCUUCACUAUUACAAGGGUGAUUUUUUGGAGGAGCUGCCUGGUCUUGUUGAUUUCACUGUUAUGUUGAACCUCAAUGCCAAGCAAAAACAGAUGAUUGAAAGGCUCCCAAAGUCUGACAAGUUCAGAAGAACCUCCUUGGCCAGUGCUAUCUAUAUGCAUCCUCAACUGUAUGAAGCAGCAGAAAAGGAUCCUGGAGACAGAGCUGCCUCAUUAAAUGAUUACAGCGCUAAGUUUGAUAGCUUGCUAGAUUCAAUAAGUUUUCGAGAUGGCAUCAAAACUAAGUUUUUUCUGAAUAUCCUGUCUCUUGCUGAGUCUGUGGGAGAGAAGCUACUUUGCUUUAGUCACUACCUUCUGCCUUUAAAAUUUUUGGAAAGGCUGAUAGUUAAGACCAAGGGUUGGCAUACUGGAAAAGAAAUUUUCAUGAUUAGCGGUGACUCAUCAUCUGAGGAACGAGAGAGGUCGAUGGAACAAUUUAACAAUUCUGUUGAUGCCAAGGUUUUCUUUGGUUCAAUCAAGGCUUGUGGAGAGGGCAUAUCACUUGUAGGUGCAUCAAGGAUUGUGAUUUUGGAUGUGCACUUAAAUCCGUCAGUAACUCGUCAAGCUAUUGGUCGUGCAUUUCGGCCAGGCCAACUGAAGAAAGUAUACACAUACAGAUUGGUCGGCGCUGAUUCUCCAGAGGAGGAAGAUCAUCGUACCUCCUUUAGAAAGGAGUUAAUUUCAAAAAUGUGGUUCGAGUGGUCUGAGUACCGUGGCCUGGACUUUGAGUUGGAUGAGGUCGAUCCUACCAGUUGUGAUGAUGAGUUUCUUGAAUGCCGUCUUGUAGGAGAAGAUAUCAAAACAGUGUACAGAAGGUAAGUUCCCAUACCUCACCGUGCGAGAAGACAAUGUAUUCGUACCAAACAUGAGCAGUGUCUUUUCUUGCUUAUCUCGCUAUCGAUAUGGGUGUAUAUAUCAGUUACCAGUUGCAUGAUCCAUGUUUUUUUUGCUGGCACUGAAAUAUCAACAACUGAUUUCGUUCUCUUUCAGCUUUAGGUAUCACUAGGCCCUUUAAAUGCAACAAUAGACUUUCCAUAAAUUUCAUCUAGGCCCUUUUGUUAGUAUA